UGUGUGUGUGUGCAUGCGUGUGUGUGUGUGAGUGUGAGUGUGUGUGUGUGAAGUUACGCAUCUUGUGGCGGUGGGUGACGUCAUUGUGUCGUUUCUUCAGGUUAUGGCGGAGCUGAACUCUUCAAACUUUCUCUGACGUGAGUGCUAGAGGGUAUUGUAAUGGAGCAGCUUCAAGGAGCGUGGAGGAGCGUCACCAACGGUCUGGGAGUGAAGGACUCUGUGUUUGAGAGCUCAUGUACGUCUCCUGUGAUCCAUUCUCCACAGCGCCGCUCCUCAGACGACUCCAAAACCAGCCGUACCAUCCGAGUCUUCCUGCCCAACCAGCAGCGGACAGUGGUGAAUGUGCGUCCAGGCGUGACGCUCCACAGCUGCCUGAUCAAAGCGCUGAAGGUUCGAGGGCUCCAGCCGGAGUGCUGCGCUGUCUUCAGUCUCCAUCCCGGACAGAGAAGCAAGAAGUCUCGUAUGGACUGGAGUACAGACUCUACCUCUCUCAUCGGGGAGGAACUUCUAGUGGAGGUUUUAGACCAUGUUCCCUUAACCACACACAAUUUUGUUAGAAAAACAUUUCUGAAAUUGGCUUUCUGCGACAUAUGCCAGAAGUUCCUGUUAAAUGGUUUCCGGUGCCAAACGUGUGGCUACAAGUUCCAUGAGCACUGCAGCACAAAAGUGCCCACAAUGUGUGUAGACUGGACUAACAUCAGACAGCUUCUAUUGUUUCCGACUCCGGGUGAAAGUGGGACUCCGUCUCUACCUGCACCUACAUCUCGGAGAAUGAGGGAAUCCCUGACAAGAAUCCCCAACAGCUCGGUGCACAGACAUUCAAACCCUCAUGUCUUCAGUUACACCAGCCCGUACCCCCCGUCCGGAGCGGCUCUGACACAGAGACUACGCUCCACCUCCACACCCAACGUCAACAUGCUCAGCACCACCCUGCCUGUCGACAGCAGCCAGAUUGAGCUAGGCACGUCUCCAAGCUCCUGGUGCCAUCAGCAGUUUUGUCUGAAGAGAAGAGAUGCCAUACGUGUUCACAGCUCAGCGGGCAGUUCUCCGAAUCAGAGCCCUACGGGCUGGAGUCAGCCCAAUGUACCCACCCCAGCCCAGAGAGAGCGGGCACCAUCCCUUAACCCGCAGGAGAAGGUCACAAUCCGGCCAAGGGAUAAAAGAGACUCAAGCUAUUACUGGGAGAUUGAAGCUAAUGAGGUCAUGCUGCUAAACAGGAUUGGGUCGGGCUCCUUCGGAACCGUACACAAAGGGAAAUGGCAUGGUGAUGUGGCUGUGAAGAUAUUAAAAGUCACCAACCCAACACCGGAGCAGUUUCAAGCCUUCCGCAAUGAGGUGGCAGUUCUGAGAAAAACCAGACAUGUCAACAUCCUGUUGUUCAUGGGCUACAUGACAAAAGACAAUCUUGCGAUUGUAACGCAGUGGUGUGAAGGCAGCAGUCUCUAUAAACACCUCCAUGUGCAAGAGACCAACUUCCAGAUGUUUCAGCUGAUAGAUAUCGCCAGACAGACGGCUCAGGGCAUGGACUAUCUACAUGCUAAAAACAUCAUCCACCGUGACAUGAAAUCAAACAACAUCUUCUUACAUGAAGGCCUGACAGUGAAGAUUGGAGAUUUUGGCCUGGCCACUGUGAAGGCCAGGUGGAGUGGUUCUCAACAGGUGGAGCAGCCUUCGGGAUCUAUUUUAUGGAUGGCACCCGAGGUGAUCCGAAUGCAGGACAACAACCCUUACAGUUUCCAGUCGGAUGUGUAUUCUUAUGGCAUUGUGCUGUUUGAAUUAAUGACUGGGGAGCUGCCCUACUCACAGAUAGCCAACCGAGAUCAGAUCAUUUUCAUGGUUGGUCGGGGAUAUCUGUCUCCAGACCUCAGUAAGCUCUAUAAGAGAUGUCCUAAAGCCAUGAAGAGGCUGGUGGCUGACUGCAUCAAGAAGUCCAAGGACGAGAGGCCUCUUUUUCCCCAGAUUCUGUCCUCCAUUGAGUUGCUGCAGCACUCGCUGCCCAAAAUUAACCGCAGCGCCUCUGAACCCUCGCUGCACAGAGCGUCCCAGAGUGAAGACAUCACCUCCUGCACACUCACCUCCAUGAAGCUGCCUGUCUUCUAAAGCCCCAUACUGUUGCUUUGUGCUGCUGUGGUGCCAUUUAUAGAGUUUGUGACUGAUAAAACGACGGCUGAAACAAGGGGAGGAAACUCUUGAGUUUUCAGAUUGAGAGCUCCAGUCAUCCUGUAGUUCAGAGGUCUUCAAUCCACCAUCACGUGGAGUUUAUUUCCACCCUGCUUCAGCUCAGCUUCCUGUGUGAUCCUGAAGAGCUUGAUUAGCUGCUUCUUAUGUUCAAUGAGAGUUAGAGCUGAACUCUGCAGGACAGCAGCUCAUUGAGGACCUCUGCUGCAGCUGAUGAUGAGCUCAGAAAUGAAGGCUGGAACAGAUUCAGGGACGUCGACAACGUGAUUAUAAGUAAACAAGCCCUCGUUUUUAUGUGUCUGAAAAGAUGUUUCCCUCAAUGCUCAAAGAGCAAUGAUGUUUAUAUAUCAUAUACACAAAAAGAGCUUCAUAAUUUAGUAUUGAGUUGCCAUUGAGUGGUGUUCAAGAUGCGACGUAGUCUUACACAAUUUGAGAUCAGUUUUGUGAUGUCAAGUAUUUUGAAGCUGUUCUUGAUAUGUAUAGAGUACAUACUUUUAAUCAAUUAUUUUAAUAAAAUUAAGUUAAAUACCCUU